AAUUUAUUCAUAUGAAAUUUACAAUUAAAUUAAUUUAAAUAAAAUGUAUGAAGGAGCAGGAGAUGAUUAAAAAAAAGUUGAUAAUGAAGGAUCAUAUGGAUAUUAUACAAUUCUAGCUGUUAAAUUUACAUCAUCUGAGUAAUAAAUAGAUAGGUUUAUUUCAAUUUUAAUUCAAGAAAUUAUAACACUCUUGUUAAGUUUUACACUGACAAAGAAUAUCCAAAGGGAGGUGAUUAAGAAAAUCUAAAUAAAACCAAUGAAGCUUAUAAAAUAAUUAAAGACGAGAAGGUUUCUUGAUUUCUUAUAUACAAAAGGCUAGAGAAUAAUAUAUGCAUAAAUUGAUGAUAAGAUGUUACUUAAGUCAACCUUUUGAAUUGAUUCUACCAAAUAAACAAAGUAUUUCCUCCUAUUAAAUAGUCGAUAAAUUAUGGCCUUUCUUUAUUUUCGAAGUUAUCAAAGAAGGAAAAUCUACAAGUGAAAUUAUGCAAUUUAAUUUCUCAGCACAAACUUUAACAGAAUAAAAAAAAGAUGUCAGGACCAAAAGUUAUAUGUUUUCUAACAUUUCCGUAUCAAUCUAUCACAUUAUUUAAGUCUGCCUUGUAUUCUAAAAAAGAUGAUGAAUUCAUCAUUAACUUUAUUGAAAAUGGAAAAAUACUUUCCUAAAAUUAUAAAGCAAAAUUCUAAAAUCAAAGAGAUUAACUUGUUAAAUUAGCUAUUUUUGCUAAAGAAAUAUUUGAAGAAACUAAACCUACUCUUGAAUUUCAUAAUCCUAACACUAAAUAAGAUUUGAAUUUAUUUAAAGUUUAACAUUAUUCAAUAGGAGAAAACAGUAAGACUGUUAGCUCUAAAGUUACCAACUUAUUUUUUGAUUAAGUAUCAACUAAAAAUUACUUCUUAUGGAAUGAUUCAUAUAUACCUCCUCAUUCCUUAUUAAAAACAUCUGCUUAAAAAUUAGCAAGUUUAGGAUAAUCUAAAACUGUUCAUUUUACAAUUGGUAAAACACAAAUGUUAGUUUCAAGAGAUGAAGACUUAAGAUAGAUUAUUUAAGUAAUCCCUUUGAAAAAAGAAUAUUUAGCCUUUAGUAGGGAUGAAAAUGGUAUAAAUUAAAUUACAUUUAGUUGUAUAAUUGUAAGUGUUGAAUAAUACUCGUAAAUACAGAUUUCACGAUAAACAAAGUGCAAGUUAAUUUGUAUAGAAGUUGAUAAGUGUCUAGAAUCAGAAAGCUUCAGCAAAUCCUUUAAGAACUGAUUGUCCAGUUGGAGACAGUUUAUAGAAUGUAGUCAGAAUAAAAAAGUCUGCGAUUUAAAAAUUAAAUACAAUGAUUGCAUCAUAUGAAUAAAAAGUUUAAUAAUUAAAAGUGGAAAGGUAAGAAUAAUGCAAAGAUUGUUUUAUAGAUAACAACUAUUAUCAGAGUUUAACGAUUUAGAUUUAGACAAGGUUGAUGAUGAUGAAUUAAUGAUAAACAAAGAAAAAGAUUAAUAGAACAAAUAAGCAUCUUAUGAACCAGCAACCUUAUUUAAGGCUCCCUUAAAAUGAAUGAUCAUAAAUCUAUAAUUAUAUAACUAUAAAUUA